CACUUGGACGGUAAUUUACCGUAUUGUUAUACGCCCUGACCGCCUGGGAUGGGCGCUGGACUUUUGUUUACAUAGGUACACUGCAUUUUAGCGCCACGGCAACCGCGCUCGAAGCCCCUCGUCCGUCAACAAGCCUUAUCGAGUUCCACCAAGCCUUGCAGAUCACGCGCCAGGCACCUCCCAAUUUAUCGCGUCACUCCACUGAGGACGCGCCGCGACUGCCUCAAAUUACCUUCCAGAAAUAGCACCGACACACGUCGCGAGUCGAUGUCCAAGGCCAAAGCUAGGGCUCACUUGUUGCAGUUGGUGGAUUCAGACUCGGAGGACGGAAUUGGAGGGAACUCGCUAAAACCCGCGAUUUCGAAAAGUACCAUGCCUCCGAAGAAAGGAAAGGCCGGCCGCAAGGCUGCGAACAGGGUCACUAAGCCCGCGGCAAAGACGUCAACCACAGGGCACCGAUCUAGCGGCCGAAUCGCCGCUGCCGUCGACGAGGUCACCACGGGACAGAAGUCGAGCAAUACAAAGGGAGCCCAGGCGAAGGGGCCAGGACGUGGCCGCAAACGUGCCGCGGCUGCUGAGGAGGAGGCAGAGGAGGGGGAAGAAGAGGAUACGGUUAUGACAGAGGCGCCAGCGCCAAAGCAAAAGGGUGCUCGUGGCCGCCCCAAGAAGGUGGCGGUUGAAGUUGAACCACAACCCACUGGUGCACGGCGAGGGAGGAAGCCGGCCGCGAAGAUAGCUGACCCGGACACGACAACCGGGGAGGUGUCCGAAAUUCCCGAGACACAGCAACCGGAUGGGACACAAAGUGAUAUCGACGAUGAGCACGACGACUUGGCAGACAUUCCCGUCUCCCGGACCCCAGAACGUGCAAAGGCUGGCCGUGGCAGCGCCCCUGUUCCAAGCAGCGUCUCAAAGCGGCCUUCGCACACUUUGUCUCCGGACAAGGGCGAUCCUGCGCUUCGCCGUCGGCUUGGGGAGAUGACACAGAAAUACGAAAGUUUGGAGCACAAGUACAGGGACUUGAAGGAGGUCGCCGUACGAGAAGCCGAGCGCAACUUUGACAAACUCAAGAAGCAGUCAGAAGAGAAAUCUAAAGCGGCCGAUGAACUCAUCGCAACCCUCAAAGCCGAGCUUUCCGCGACGAAGGGAAGCUCCAAAUCAAUACAGCAACUCAAAAAGCAGCUCGAGGAAAGCGAAGCCAAAGCCGAUGGCUUGCAAACCAAGUUCACCGACCUGACCACUUCCCUCACGGAGUCCAAAUCCGAGAUCAGGUCCCUCAAUCUCAAACUAGCCGCCGCCCGAAGCGCCGAAGCAGCCGCGAACGCCGCCGCCAAGGUCCCCGGCAGCGCAAUGAAAGGGUCAACAGGUGCCUCCCGCCUCGCGGCAGCCAACGCGUCCGAGGCCACCCAGGCCGCACAAAAGAAAGAAAACCUCUACGGCGACCUGACUGGGCUCAUCGUGCGCAGCGUCAAGAGAGAGGGCGGCGAGGACGUGUUCGAUUGCAUCCAGACGGGGCGGAACGGAACCCUGCACUUCAAACUAGCAGUCGAGAUCCUGCCGGAAGAGGGCGAGGCCCACUGCCACUACACGCCCCAGCUCGACCCCAACCGCGACAGGGCGCUGAUCGCCGUGCUGCCGGGCUACCUUGUCGACGAGAUCUCGUUCCCGCAGUCGCAGGCGGGCAAGUUCUACGCGAGGGUGCUGAAGGCGCUGAGCGAGGCCGCCGAAGAGUGAUGAAUGUGUUCCUCGCUCGGGGGUCUUUGAGAACGUGCGGCGGUGGUGAGGUCUGGCCGGAACUGGUUCAAAUGGUGGCGGCAUAUAUACCCUUUUCUUGUCUUGUACGGGUUGCUUGCUCGAUGCUUGGAGCAUUUGUAUCAUCGGAAAUCGGAUUCUGCGCAUGCAUGAAUGUUUGGGGUUGUGCUGCAUGAAACGGGCUGCAGUA